CACCAGUGAGCUUCUGUCUUGCUGGAGGGUCGGCUUUGGGCGGAAGUGGCUUUGUUGACCGGGAGAAACGAGAUGGGGGUGAAGCUGGAGAUAUUUCGGGUCAGUGGACACAGGAGUGGGUUGGGAGGCUUGGCAGGGGAUCUUCCUGGAUCUGAAGAUGAGAUGAUAAUCUACCUCACUUUCCCUGUGGCUAUGUUCUGGGUUUCCAAUCAGGCCGAGUGGUUUGAGGACCAUGUCAUACAGCGCAAGAGGGAGCUGUGGCCACCUGAGAAGCUUCAAGAGAUAGAGGAGUUCAAAGAGAGGUUACGGAAGCGGCGGGAGGAGAAGCUCCUUCGCGAUGCCCAGCAGAACUCCUGAGGCCUCCAAGUGGGAGUUCUAGCCCCUCCCCGAUGAAAUAUACAUAUACUCAGUUCCUUGUUA